AGGAAGAAGGAUGAGGAGGUCGGGGGCCACGGGGGCUACAAGGGAGGGGACAACGCGGUGAUGGCCUUCGAGGCGGCCGACGGGGAGGAUCCGCGCAGGAGGAACAUCCUGAGGAGCCUCAGGAGACCCACCAAGAAGCCCAAGGCCAAGGCGCGGCCGUCGCUGUCCAAGGCGCCGUGGGAGAGCAGCUACUUCGGGGUGCCCCUGGCCAGCGUGGUCACCCCCGAGCGGCCCAUCCCCGUCUUCAUCGAGCGCUGCAUCCAGUACAUCGAGGCCAUCGGGCUGAGCACGGAGGGGAUUUAUCGCGUCAGCGGCAACAAAUCGGAGAUGGAGAGCCUGCAGCGCCAGUUCGACCAGGACCACGGGCUGGACCUGGCCGAGAAGGAUUUCACCGUCAACGCCGUGGCCGGAGCCAUGAAAAGUUUCUUCUCGGAGCUCCCGGAGCCGCUGGUGCCGUACUCGAUGCAGCUGGAGCUGGUGGAGGCCCACAAGAUCAACGACCGGGAGCAGAAGCUCCACGCGCUCCGGGACGUCCUGAGGAAAUUCCCACGGGAAAACUACGAGGUCUUCAAAUACGUCAUCGCGCACCUCAACAGGGUCAGCCAGCAGCACCGCGUCAACCUGAUGACCAGCGAGAACCUGUCCAUCUGCUUCUGGCCCACGCUGAUGCGGCCGGACUUCAGCACGAUGGACGCGCUGACGGCCACCAGGACCUACCAGACAAUCAUCGAACUCUUCAUCCACCAGUGCCCCUUCUUCUUCCCGCUGCGGCCGCCCCCGGACACGCCCGGCUCGCCCG